AUGAGUGAAUUCGAAAGAAAUCUUGGUCCAAUUCAAGAGUAAAAUGAUGAUCAAUUAUUGAAAUUAAUCCCUGAAUCUCUACCUGAUGAAAUUAAGUAAGCGCUUAAGUCUUCUGCUGACAAUUUAUCUAAACAGGAGGCAUAGUAAGAAAAGUUUGAAGAAUAUAUUUACAAAGUUAAUUCAGACGAUAUUGUUACCUAAUACAGCGGAUUAAAUCGAUGUCGAAAACUUUUGAGUAAUGCUCAAAUGGCAGCUCCAACUGAAUAAAUGAUCGAGAUGUUUCUUCAAACAAGAGUUCAUCUUAAAAUCUUUGACAUAGCUAAAAAUACAAAUAUUCCAUUGGUAAAGUAUGAGGCUCUUUGGAUAAUUUGUAAUAUAGGAUUUGGAACUUAAAAAUAGAUAUAGACAAUUCUUGAUAAUGAUGGAAUUAGUAUUCUGUUUACGGCGCUUGAAUCAGAAUAUGAUGAAAUAGUAGAAUUAGGAGUUUGGGGAUUGGCAAACAUAGCAGGAGAUAACUUGAAGUUCAGAGAUAUGCUUCUUUAGAAGGGAGUUCUAAAACCCUUUAUUCAUCUAGCUCAGAAAUACAAAGUAAGGAUGGAAGGGACAAAGAAUUCUCAUAUCUUGAAAACUAUAGUAUGGGCCUUUUCUAAUUUAUCCAGAGGAAAGUCAAUUCCAAAUAAAAUAGUAAUUAUGAUAUUAAUGAACUAGUUUAGUAAAGAUUUGUUGUCAAUUCUAUGUUAAAUUAUAAUAGGAACUGACGAUGAAGAGAUGUUAAAUGAUGCUUGUUGGAGCUUGAGUUACUUAAGCCAAGAUGAAAAUCUUAUUGGAAUUUUAAUUAAAGAGAGAGUUACUGAAAAAUUAAUUAUAUUAAUGCAAUCAGAAAAUCCAAAAAUUGUGAUUCUAGCCUUAAGAACAGUAGGAAACAUUUUAACAGGUAAUGAAGAGUAAACAGAUACAGUCUUAAACUUUGGAGUCAUCUAGAUCUUUGAAAAAUUACUUCAUAAUAAAAGUUAAAAUAUCCGAAAAGAAGUAAAAAUUAAAUCUAUACUUAGGUUUGUUGGUCACUAUCCAACAUUGCUGCUGGUAAUUCAAGUUAAGUAAAAUAAGUUAUUCGAAAUGAUUAACUUUUUAAUUCUGUAUAUCUUUCAUUGGCCAAUGGAAGUCCAGAAAUUAUAGAAUAAAUAUCGUUCUUAUUGUCAAAUUCUGUUGUCAACGCAGAACUAUAAGAUAUAGAUUAUCUCGUAAAUUAGCAUUAGUACUUGUAAAAGAUGUCAACCCUCCUAGAUAUGGACUAAAAAGUGAUAAUUAAUGUCACUCUUGAUGGGAUAUUUGAAAUGAUAAAAAGAGGUUUAAUUUUAAAUUAAAUUAAGUUCAAUACGAUGAAAGAUUAGAACAAUAUAAAAAGUUGAUAGUAGAUUCUUAAAUUAUGAAAAAAGUUGACAAAUAUUUAAAGCAUCCUACUAAAGAAACAUCUAAGAAAGCUCGUUAAGUCUUUGAAAUUUUUUAAUCCAUAAAUAAUUCUUGA